AUGAAACAAGCUAAAGGUGAAGUUCUCAAACUGGGUCUCUCUGAUCACGACGCUCAACUUUUAAGCAUCCCUAUGGCAAAAGAUAUUUCGCAACCUACCAAGAUAACGAACUCCACAAAUAUAUGUAGAACUGCGUGGAAAAUUAUCAACGACGAUGUCGGCAACAUUUUUACACACGAUAUAAUAUCAGAAAUUAGAGUGGAUGGUAAACUAAUUCAACAGCCAAUAGAUAUAGCAAAUCGAUUCAAUGAACAUCUUAUAGCAUCAACCACUAGAAACGUAAAAAAGACUCACAACACAAAUAAAACUAGAGCCCUGAGUAGUAUAUUCUUAGAACCUGCGGAUUUUACAGAGGUAAAGAAUAUAAUAAUGUCCUUAAACAAUACCAAUUCCGUAGGAAUUGACGAGGUGACAACUUAUAUACUCAAACAAUGUGUUUAUGAAAUAGUACCUGUCAUUACACAUUUAAUUAACCUCUCUUUUGAAACAGGUGUAUUCCCUGAAAGUUUAAAAAAAUCCAUAGUGAAACCAUUAUACAAAAAAGGCGACAAACUUGAACUCAGCAAUUAUAGACCCAUUACAUUAAUACCGAUCUUGUCAAAAGUAUUUGAGAAAGCGAUGCAUAAAAGGCUGACUACGUACCUAAAUAGGUUUAAAUUUAUAAAAGAAGAACAAAAUGGGUUCCAGAGAGGCAAAUCAACUACACUAGCAGCUUUUCAAUUAAUCUACAAUGUCCUGAAAAAUGUAGACACUAAAAAACCUACAAUAGUAAUAUUCUUUGACAUGACAAAAGCCUUUGACCAUGUUUCGCAUCAGCUGCUACUUGAAAAACUUGAGAAUUACGGAAUUCGAGGCCCAGCACAUGAAUGGAUUAAAUGUUACCUGAAGAAUCGCGAACAAUGUGUGGAUAUAAUUAAAAAUGAUAAUUCAGUGAUCACUAGGGAGAGGUCCGCACUUUUAACUAACAAAUAUGGGGUUCCUCAAGGAAGUAUAUUGGGACCAUUACUAUUCUUAGUCUAUAUUAAUGACUUACCAGACAUAACUACUCAUAAAUGUAUAUUAUUUGCUGACGACAUUUCAAUUAUAUUGACAUCUAAAAUUGGUACAAAUUAUGACAUUGAUAUUAAUAAUACAAUAAAAUCCGUAAUAGAAUGGCUAAAAAAUAAUAACUUAAAUGCUAAUCUUUCCAAAACCAAUUUCAUACAAUUCCAAACACAAAGCUCAAAACUAAAUCUUAGAGAAAUAAGAUAUGGCGAUACUGUUAUAGAGGAAACGGAAUGCGUAAGGUUUCUAGGAUUAUCAUUAGAUAAAUAUUGCAACUGGAAGACACACGUCGAUUCAGUCUGCAAAAGAGUUAAUAGUUUUGUUUACGUGCUUAACCGACUAAGAAAAACCGCUACUCAGCAGACAGUACUUCUCGCCUAUCAUGGUCACGUAGGUUCUGUAUUGAGAUACGGUCUAUUGUUGUGGGGAAACUCAGUAGAUGCUACUCGAGCGUUUUUAUCCCAGAAGAGAUGUGUUCGGGCUAUGGUGGGCAUUCCUCCUUAUGAAUCUUGCAAACUUUAUUUUAGAAAAUAUGAAAUAUUACCGUUGCCCUGUUUGUACAUCUUUGAAGUAAGUGUUUUUGUUAAAAGAAACCCUGGUUUAUUUAAAAAGGCAAAAGAUAUGUUCCCACGCAACACUCGGGGCAGUGAAAGACUAGUCCUGGAUUUUGUUCCCAGAACUACACUAUUCCAAAAAAAUUGUUAUAAUAUGUGUAUCAAAAUAUUUAAUAGCUUGCCACCAACCAUAAAGGCGUUGCCCCUACUGAAAUUUAAAAGGAAAUUGAAAACAUGGCUUUUGGAAAAAAUGAUAUACAGUAGAACUCCAAUUAUCCGAAUUAAUGGGGACCGGGACCCAUUCGGAUAA